AUGGCUAGCCCGGAUUCGUUCAGCAGGCGGAUUCUCGCAGAAGAGCUUCAGCCACGGAAGUCGCUCCUUUCUUCCAGUCUUGCCGGGGAAAACGUACAUCCACAAGCGUCGCAGCCUCUUAAUAUAGACAGUGCCAUGCUUACCGACGAACAUCCUGAGCCCGAGUUGCUAGCGCUGUCUGUUGGCAAGGAAAUCGAUGGAAGAAUCAUACCGUCAUCGUCCACAAUAUCACUUCUUUCGUUGAACCAAGACCUUGAAGGAUCAAACCAACCGGUGGUAGUUUCUGCUCCGCAACAAAACUCGAACCGAGUUCUGCCCCAGGUUUUUCAAAAUGCUCAAAUGCAGCCUUUCAAGCCAGCGCCUAUAACCAGUCGCAAUUCAGUGACCAGGUUAAACCAACAUAGAUUCCAGACGUACCGACUGCCCCCGCCGCCUUCUAAUGCUACUUUACACAGCCAACUAGCGGGGCAAACACCAGCAGCAAUUCCAAUUCGUGAAGUAGUCCCCGACUCACCCAUGUUGGACCCCACGUCAAUAGGUGGUCUGCCCUCUAGGUUUUGGCUUUCGUCACAGACGCCGCCACGGUCCCUUGCUGGAUCGUAUAAGAACAAGAGUUAUCAGUUGCAGAUGCUGCAGAUGCAUGGAACGAUGGCGGCACGCGAGCCAAUGUACGUGGCCAAGGGAGGAGGGUCGUCACCAAUCUUGUAUCCAGUUCAAACCCCUUCGGAGGAUCCCCCUAUGACGCCAUUGUACUUGAAUGGCGAUGACUAUUUUGCGCUGCGAAUACCAGAAAAGGAGGAAGAGAUGGACGAAAGUGAGCAGGAAUGA